UUGAGGUCUGCAAGCAGUGAAUGGUCAUCCGGAAAGGAACUAAACGCUCGUUGUCCUCCUACUGAUUCUGCCGCAGCUCAAGAUGAUGAGACGGAGAGCAUAGUUCCUCGCGGAGCUUGUGGUGCAUUCGUUUCUGCAUUGGAGGACGAAUUUAUGUCUGUACGACGGGCUGCCGUAUUUUCCCUUGGCAAACUAGCUUCAACUCGACCUUCCUUUGCUACGACUGCGCUGGAUCAUCUCGCCGAUAUGUUCAACGACGAAAUUGUCGAAGUAAAUUGUUUAGUCAUUAUUGCUGUCAUUGUGUAA